AUGGCAAGUCACGGCUCUAAGGAGGUCGUUCGGGGCAUUGAGGUUUUCAGCGAACCCGAUUACUAUCCAACGCCGUCCGACACUGUUAUCAGCUACUCGAUUCAAGGAUCGAAGAAGCAGAUCAUCAAAACAAAUAUCAUCGCACUAAUAGUCAAGCUAACUUCACCUCUAGAUGUGAUUGAUUACUCAUUUCUUUCCGACUUCUUUCUGUCAUACCGUAAGUUUCUUGCUCCAAGGGAGUUACUAAGCCUUUUCAUUGACAGAUUCCGGUGGUCAGCGGAAGAGGUUCUUAAUGAGAAUUGUGAUAGAAGAAAACUUGGAGAGAUUUCAUUAGUGAGAACAUUCGUAUUGAUACGGCAUUGGAUUUUGAAUUAUUUUGCACAAGACUUCCUGGCUAAUGAUCUGUUGAGGCGACAAUUCGUGGAGUUCGUUAAUUCGUCCUUGAACCGGGGUACCGAAUCGCCCCCAAAGAUGUUGCUGAAUGUUAUUGUCAACAUUAAAAAGUCGUGGGUUUAUUGUGUCAAGCUUAUGUGGGAGGAUGUUGAAUUUAGUCAUCAUCUUGAAACGGCUCAGGAUUGGCUCCAAUUCAGACUUCAAGACGUAACUACGCGUUCGAAAGUAAACAAGGAGGGUAAGCGUCUAAGUCUUUAUGCACUUCAGAGUUCCAAAGAUCCUGCGUUUCGUAAUAAUAGCGUUCUUUCCUUAUACUUAAGUGAAGAGAACUUUCAGCUGCCAGAGAGCAACACGAUACUGAACUCAGAGAAGAGCAGCAAAAUUACAAAACGUACAGCAAGUAUGUUCUUGUUUCCUCAAGAUAACCUAAAUGCGUUAGUGCUGAAGGCGUCCAAAAAAAGUAAUGAAGAAGAAGAGAACAAGGGAUCAAUUAGCUCAAGAAGUUUACCGAUCGUAUCGCAGGGGAACAACGUGUCAGAGCUGAUGAAAGAUUUAACCUAUUCAGUAUCCCCGUCGGUAGAUAAGGUUAUCCCCCCAACUCCCGCAAAAAAGGUCGAAUUUAUCUUAAGAUCAUCUUAUCUCCCCCCAGAUCUGUCCUCAAGAAGUUCUCGGACGCAUUUAGCAGGAAGUGCCCCCCAUUGCAAAAGCAAACAUUCCCAAAUUCAUCAACACCGAGGAAUCCUUGGUUUACUUACAAAAUGGAAGAAAAACCAUCAUACACAAACAAGCGCCAAGCCAAUAGGCGCGCGCACAAACCCCGAGAUCGAUAAUUUGAUUAAGUUCGUGUUUUCUAUAACCUCGUUGGAGAAUAGAGCCAAUAACUCCCAAGAUUUGGAAAAUGUAAUUGGCUCGAAAUUUGAUAUUUUAAGUGCCAGAACUAUUGACGAGGUUGAGCAUCUAAUUGCUAUGGAAAACGAAUUACUAUUAAAACUUAAGAAUCAGGACACCAACCUAGAAGUGAGAGCAAGGCGUAGAAAUAGUAAUAAUGAACCUAAAGAGGAAUUUAACGCUAUGGAUAAUUUGAAUUUGUACAAAACCAUUAGCUCCAUUGCAACUUCAGUAAUCUCGCUUUCUCAGACUUUAAAGCAACACCAGCUAGCUUCACCUUCAAAUAAGGUGCAAGAUAGGCGCCUUGUUAAGAGCAGUAUUGCUGCCCUACGAACAAAUGGCUCUUCAAAUGCCCAGAAUAACUUAAGCGUUACUGAAAUCAAAACCCCUGAACCCAAAACCGGUGGAACCAAUAAACUCGUUUUUCAUAGCAGUGCCAGUGUUAAUAAGGGUGCCAAUCAUAAUGCACACGAUUCCCGUGAUCUGUGCACGCCCACAAAAUCAAAUUACCUAGUUUCUUCCAAUGGUAAUGUAUCCAACACUGAUAUGCCACAUAAAGAGCCUUUAUUCAAAAUCAAUCAAUUGAGCAUAAGCACAUCACCUCGUGCCGAUGGGAAACACCCAUCUAUUCUUACAGAACAUGAUAUUCGCAUACUGGAGAAUGAACGUACCGAGCAGAAUACCACUCCACUAUUAAAGAGAAAAGGUGCUCGUCAAAAUCUACGUGAAUUCAAUUUCGAGGAGCAAUACGUGCAACCUAAAAAAUCGACUGAGGAAUUUGAAGAAGAUGAACAAACUGAUAAUGACAACUCCAGUUUUUUCACGUCUUACGAAGAGGUGAGCGUCAAGAGCUCACCAAAACAAUCAACACCCGCAUCGUCUUUUCUUGGCCAAACAUCAGCAAUUAAUAGUGGUCGCAUAAGUGUAAGAAGGAGCACUGUAGUGAGUACAAAGAACCCUACGACAGAAUCACUAACGCACUACGUAGGGGAGGAAAGUGACUAUGCAAGAAGGGAGGAGGAACUCAAAACUAGUGAGAAGGAGAUAUGCCAACUUGAAGAGCAUAUGUCAGUUGUAAUUUCAGAUCUAAAGAGGAAAAGUCAACGAAAAAACUCUAGGUCCUCAGACAACCCUUCCAUAGCAACAAAUUUAUUGUUUGCCUCUCGUCAGGGAAGUCCCAAGAAGCAAGAGCAUGAUGGUCACAACUCUAUCGAUCACUCAGUCAAAGAUCAGGAGGCUUCAAAGAAAAUUCUGAUCGGUUUAUCUACCACUCCAAGUAUUCAUUCCAUUGUGAGUGAGGAGUCUUUCUCCUCUUUCCACAGCAAUGAUACAUUCGAAAGGCAUUCACCCAAGGAAAAAAUAGAUACGACUACAAAGAAUAAGGAACCAACCACCGAAAAUAAAUCUCAAUACACAGGCGACUCACUACUCGACGCAGAGGGUACUGAGGGUGAGACGAAUAAGUAUCUUUUCUCGCCAGAUAGCGAAAGUAUCGAUUAUGCAUCUCCCGAAAAGAACGUCGAAGACCUAAAAAAUCAAUUUUUUGGUAUUGAUGCUCAAAGUGAUAACACGAAUGACGAUGAUAUAGUGCGUGAUGAUUGCAAUACUCCAAUGGGACAUGAUCAUCAUAGGCGUACCGUAAGUCCUAUUGUGUCUCCUAAUAAAAUUAAUGAGAGCAAAUUGAAUAUAUUCGCGAACAUGACGGAUGAAUCACUUCAAGACGAUCCUGUUAAUGUAGCUUUGAUGAAACUUGAGGGGACUUAUGACUUCAAAAGCAGUGACUCCGGUAACGAUGAAAAUGUCCAGCAAGGAACUCCAACAAGUAGCGAAUUAGCUAAAGAAGUCGAAAGAUUGGGGUUGAAGGACAUCAAUAUUUCUAAUACAAUAAUCAAUGAAAGGCAUUCUUUAUUCAUUGAACGUAGAAGGCAAGUCAAAAGUGAAAUGCCUUACACACCUGGACGCCAACCUCGGGCUAAUGAAAAGCUUCAUCAGAUACCUGAUGAGGAAAUCUCAAAGUUAGUUAUGAAUUACAGAUUGCAAGAUCAACGACUUCAUGUCGCAAAUGCCGAUCAGCAUGUCCCAUUCAUUCUCAUGUACGACUCGAUGUCAAUCGCCAAACAGAUGACCUUGAUCGAGAGAGAGAUAAUCAAAGAAAUUGAUUGGAAGGAUCUUUUGGAUUUAAAAAUGAAGGAUAAGGUUCCCUCGGUGACUAGUUGGUUGCAGUUAUUAGUCCAAAAUCAAAAUUUGUCAGGAAUUGAUCUUGCGAUCUCCAGAUUCAACUUAACCGUUGACUGGAUUGUAUCUGAAAUCGUACUUGUGUGUGAUACAAAACUACGCAGAAAUACCAUUCAAAGAUUCAUUCAUAUCGCUGAACAUUGUAAGAACUUUCAGAAUUACAACACUUUAAUGCAAAUUGUUCUUGCAUUGAACUCGAUCGUUGUACAAAGCUUCAAGGAGGCGUGGCGUUUGAUAGAACCCGGUGACCUUCUGACUUGGGAGCAAUUAAAAGAGAUGCCCUCUUUAGAAAAAAACUAUCACAACAUUAGGAAAAUGCUAAAUGAAAUUGAUCCGAUAAAAGGAUGCAUUCCUUUCAUUGUUGUGUACCUGUCAGAUCUUUCCUUGAACGCUGAAAAAAGGGAUUGGCUUGCCGGGAGGACCUUUAUCAACUACAAUAAAUUUCAAACCAACGUGGACAUUGUCAAAAAUUUCAUUCAAAGAGCUCAAUGGUCUAAGUUUUACGAGAUCCCGGUCGAUGAAGAGUUAUUGAGCAAGUGUGUUUAUAUAAGCUCUCUCACGCCAGAAGAAUUGAGACAAUUGACUACUUCGUGA